UUAUUCUACCAUGUAAAGUUUUAACUAAUUUCCUAUUCCUCUACUGACUCUGAGAGAUAAAAGGCUGCAAAUAUGUCUAUUUUUUUGGUCAUUUAUUUUCUGCCAUUCACUUGAUUCCUUCUACCUUCAAUUAUCAUUUCUUCAUUUUCAUUUCCCUUUUUAUCCCAAACAAAAUCUUCCCCUGACAUGCUUUGAUUUUUGCAUUUUUUUCGUUCUUAAAUUCUUUUUCCUUUUUGCAUGUCAUUAUCUGAAUAGCAUUUUUAAUGCAAAGUUUCAGAGUUUCUGUUUUUGCAUGAUUGAUUUUCUUAUUAUUGGAACAAAAAUGGCAGUAGAACUUUGCUCAGACAAUUGUGGCAUCAGUCCAAGGAUUUCAUUUUCUCUUGAUCUUUGUCAUUUCGAUGAUGUCCCUGUUGAACAACGCCCUUUCCGUUCUAAGCCUUCUUCCUUGAAUUCAAGCGUUGAUUUUGAUUUCGGCGUUGGUGAAACCUUCGAACAAGAAGCGCCCUCCGCCGAUGAACUUUUCUCCGACGGUAAAAUCCUUCCCACUGACAUCAAGAAGAGCAACCCCUCUAAACAAACUGACCACUCUUCUUCACCACCACCGCCGCCAUUGCCACCUCAGAAAGCAGCAGAAAGCUCGAAAGAAGAAGAGAAGCAAAGUUCAAAGUCAACUUCAUUUUGGGGUUUCAAAAGGAGUAGUAGCUUCAGCUGUGGGAGUGGUUAUGGCAGAAGCUUAUGUCCUUUACCACUUUUGUCAAGAAGCAAUUCAACUGGUUCUACACCAAAUGUUAAACACCCUUCGCCCAAUAACCCUAAACACAUCCAUUCACAUAAACAUGCUGCUGCUAAUGCUAUUACUAAUCCAUCUUUCAAGUUUUCCACAAGUUCUCAUCAAAAGCCUCCACUGAAGAAGACUGCUUAUAAGCCUUAUUACGGUAAUGGUGUUCAUCCUGUUCUCAAUGUUCCUUCUGGUAAUUUGUUCGGUUUAGGUUCGAUCUUCUUCAAUGGCAACAAAGCUAAGAACAGCUGCAAGAGGAAAUGAUAUGAUCCAUACAUGGAUUUGAUCCUUGUUAAUUACCCAUUUGAGAGAAAAAAAUGCAAAUAGAGAUUGGGGUUAAGAAGACAACAAAAGAAGAUGGAAAUGUCAAUUGGGGGGGGGGGGGGGGCAGGGACCAGGGGUGGAAAGAUAUAAUUCAUGGAACCUGCUUUGGGAAAACAAAAUGACAGGUACCACUGCUUUCAUGGUUGUCACAUGUUGGUUUUUUCUUUUUUUUUUCUAUAAUUUCCUUUUUCCCAUUAACUUUUUUCCAUGAUGUGUUUCUCAAGAUUAUUAGACCUCAUUUUGUUUCUCUUUAGCGCAAGUGCAAGUUUGUUGGUGACUGCUAUCCUGGAAAUGCUUCUUGAUUUUGGGUAUAUAUAUUUACUUACUGCUGGACUAUAAUGUAACUCAUAUGUUUUACUCAUAAUUUCCAAUUAAUUUUAGAUAAGCUGUUUGAUAGUUUA